AAUGUACGAAUAAAAUGUGUAUAAUUGUUGUUAUUAUUUAAUGGUGCUACAGUUUGUAUUCUAUAUGACGUAAUUUAAAUAUCAUAGGUAUAAAUACAAAAGGAUUUCAAGUACUAAUUUUUUUUAGUGGUUUUUAUAGAGUAGAUAUGGUUGGUAUGCAAAAUUGUACAAACUUAUUUUAACUACGUAAUUCUAAGGUUUUUAACUAGCAAUGUAGAUUCAAAUCAAUGAUGGGAUAAACGUUUUCAUCUGAAUCGUUUGUCACGGACAACUAAAAUAUAAUGGAAAAGUUUACUGUUGAUUUAGACAAAGUACUAGACGAAUUUGAGUUCAACGAGGAAAGAGAACAACUCCAAGCAUCCAUUUUAAAUGGACGGUCCAAUGUUGUACCAGCAAUACAGCCACAAGCUCCAGCCAUUAGUGGAAAAAUGUUACCAGCAUCAAGUUAUCGUCGUCCUGCAUUUGAACCUAUAAACUUAGCUGAUGCUGAUUUUGGUAUAGAACCAUCAGCUACUACAUCUGUUAAGUCUGAUUUAUUACAAAAUGGUUUUGUUGAAUCUGUUGAUCCUGAAGAAAUUACACCACUAUUGGAUAUAGAUUUGCCUUCAAAUGAAAAAUCAUUAAAUAGUGUAAUAGAUGUAGUCGAUGAAUAUCAAUACAAAGCCAUUUAAUUUAAAUAUACCCCCAGACCCUUAUGACGGUCAAGAAAUGUUAAAAGACUUUCGUCCAGACUUAUUAGAAUCAUAUGAUUCAGCUAAAGAAAGCGAUAAAAACUAUUCAAUCGAUAACAUCCAAAGGCUACCAGAUGUUGCAUCUUGUCCUGUUCUGAUUACCUCACCUGAUUCAUCCAAAGAUGAUUGUACAAUAUCUAGUGAACUACAGUCUUUAAACACAUCAGAGAUUUGUGAUAUAGAUAGCACAAACGCCGAUUUUUCAGAUUUAGAACUUUAUAAGUGUCUUCAAGAAUAUGAAGAACGAGAUGACUUGUUGUCAGUAAAUUACAACUGUAGCAGUUCAACCGAUGUCCUAUCGCCCCGCUCUGAAUUUUCUGAUGAAUUAAUUGCUGAAAAACCAUUGAUAUGUGAUGAUAGCAUAUCGGAAACAAAAGAUACAAUUUCAUCUGAAACAUCCAAUGAAUCACUUUCAAACAAUAACUGCGAUGAACCUCAGGAGGAUGUAAAUGGACAGUUACUGCUUUCUGAAGAAGAAAAAGUAAUACUUGAAGAAAUACUUGAGGAUUCGUCAAAGUUAGAAGUCAGUUUUGAGGAAAGUACAACUGUCAAACAAUUAGAAAAUGAGUUGGAAAAAAUUUUAGAUGUUGAAAUUGAACGUGAAGUUACAAAAGACAAAUCUCAAAAAGAUGUAUAUGAGCACAAUGACAUUCCAGACUUACCCAUUGUUCCUGAUUCAAAGUUAGAAUUAGAAUUUCAACACAAUGAAAUAAUUCAGACUUUUAACCAACAGAUAAAUGAAGAAUUGCUAGAAAAAAACUCUAAUAAUGAAGUUAUAAUAGAAGACAAAGCACUUUUAUCAGAGUCACAAGUUGAAUAUGUUUAUCCACUGGAAAAAGAACCUACAGAUUCAUUGUGUAGUAUAGAAUCAACUGAAACAAUAUUAUUAAAAGACGAUAAUCAAGUAAGUGUCAAUACUGUCACUGACUCUUUAGAUUCUCAGAGUACUUGUUCCCUACCAUCUGAAGUGAUUGGUGAUACUAUAGAAAAUGCGGAAGAAAACCAUUUACAAAGACCUAGUACGCUUGAUUUAAAUGGAGCAACAAAUUGUGAAAUUGAACUACCGUCAACCUUAAGCACGGAUUCAGACUGUGCACUAUCAUUAAUUGAACGUCGACUUGGUAAACUACAACCAUAUUGGGUACCAGAUGAAGCAGCAAAAAGUUGCAUGAGAUGUCAAUUGAAAUUUACUGUUGUUAAACGCAGGCAUCACUGUAGAGCUUGCGGUGAAGUUCUAUGUUCGAAAUGUUGUAAUUUACGAGCUCGCCUAUCAUACAUGAAUAAUAAUGAAGGACGAGUUUGUCAGCAGUGUUAUAACACACUCGCUAGAGCAUCUCAAGUCGAACAAAAAGUAGCUACAAUUAAACAUCCAAACCCAAAUAAUCCCAUGGAAUAUUGUUCAACAGUUCCACCAUUACAACAAGUAACUGAUUCUAAAAAUCAACCCGUGCCAUCAGUUUUAGUUCCUGUGAGCGUACUUAAAAGAGAAGGACGAGUAAAGUCAGAUGUUCCUAAACAGGUUAUGUUUAGUGAUGGUAUCAGACCUGGAGGUGAUUUAGCAGAUUUAGAUGGAUCAUCUGAAAGAAUUAUACCAACAAGACGACUAUCACGUUCAUUAAAGAAGCUUAGUCCUACUAUUAAUAAUGUUAUUGCUGCUAACAGAAGGCCACUAAAUUCUCAAACACAAAGUUACAUACCAAAUAUUGGUUUGCCACCAGCAGCUAAGAGAGAUCAGGGUGAAUUGAUAUUUGAUGACACCGAACGCCCAAUAGCAUUAAAUGAUCCAGAAACAAUGUUUGCUAUCAAUCCUAAUUUAUUUCUUUAUGUCAGGAGAGUUUUUUUGGACUGUUGUGUUAAACGUGAAACAUGGUGUAUGAGUACUGAUGGCCUUGCAUGUGUUGGUCAAGAUGAGGUAGUAAUUUUAUUGGAGACACUUCCCAAUGAAAAACAUCCACCUCGUGAUAUAUUUCUCUUCGUAAACAAUUUGUAUAAAAACGCUUCAACAGGUGUAACAGUUAGUGAUAUGUCCUUUACAGCCCCUGUUAACACUACAUUAUUGGAUUCCAAUAACCAUGGUGGAUUUUUAUUUGUAAGACAAACAUACCAGUGUAUGCAAAAGUUACGUUUACCAUCACCCCCUUAUUUAUUUGCAUUGCUUGUUCAUCAGUAUGAAACUCCUUGGGCCAAAAUGUUCCCUAUUCGGUUAAUGCUACGACUUGGAGCAGAAUAUCGUUAUUAUCCAUGUAUGUUAGUGUCUAUUAGAAAUCGACCUUCUUUAUAUACAGAAAUCGGUCAAACAGUCAUUAAGCUAUUAGUAGAUUUUAGACAAUAUUCUUAUGGUUUACCAACCGUUAAAGGCUGCUAUAUACAUAUGGACGAAAAACAAAUUAUGGUGCUAUUACCUCGAAACAGAUAUGAUCAAGUUUCAAGAUUGGUAUUGGCAUCAAAUCGCGGAAUUUUAGCAUUUGGUGCUAACUUCAGUGCAGUUGCUGAUUCUCAUCUAGUAUGUGUUCAGUCAACUAAAGAUGAUGGAAAUUACAAUACACAGGCAAUUAAUAUUCACAAUAAACCUAGACAAAUAACGGGUGCCAGUUUUAUUGCACUGAAUGGUGAUUUAGAAGAUGAGGUUAGUACCAGAUGGCGCAUAGUGGAAGACGGUGUCAUGGUUAACAUGUCAUCACAAAAGAUGGCAUUGUUACGCGAUGCUCUUCGUCUAAUGAAAGACUUUGAACUAAAUUGUGGAACCAAUGAUGAGCAAACAGUAAUAUUCCACUGGACAGAAGACGAUGUUAAUUUCAACAUUGGAGUUAAGAGUUGUAUUGAUGGCAGACUAUUAGAUGGUGUAUACUCAAUUAGAGUACAUAACGGUGUUGAUUAUUCAGGAAAAAGACAUUUUAUUCGAUGGACUGAAGUGUUUGUUAUACAAUGUGAAGAAACGUCUGAUCGUGUUGAUGAGCCUUUGGACACUAGUAGAACAGCUGAAUCUAUAUCCAAGGCAACGUGUACUGCUUUGGUUCCACUUUUAGAUUUGUUAUCUGCAGCUUCAUUGACUCCACUGGCCUUACGAAUUGUCAUCAAUCCUGAUUCGGUAGGAUAUGAAGCUGGAAGUGGACAAAAUAAACUUCCCCCUUUAUAUAUGCAAAGUUUGGACGAACAUCUUGUCCCAGUUGUGAAUGCAAUAGCAGUUAAAGCCCAGCAGUCAUCAGUAAUAUUGGAACUGGUGUUCAGAGUAAUGGAACACUAGGUAGGUUAUUCCAUAGUGUGUCCAUAUUUUACCCUUUUAAAUAUGUACUAUUUUUGGUUAAAUUUAACUUAAUUUAAUAUUGUGUUGACUAUAUUUUGUUUACCGAAUGUCCCAAUACCUAAUUAUAUUUAUAUAUAUAUGUAUAAUUUUUAUUUUUGUAUGGACCUCAAGAAAUUCUGGAACAAGAGUAAAUUACUAAUUUUAUUUUAAUUCAUACAAUGUUGAUAUAAUAGUGCAUUUUAUUAACACUGCAGAUGUCAAAAGAAUUUCUUGUAGUUUCCUUAUUUUGUUGUGAUGUGUACCAAAAUCAUGUUAUGUUAUCAUUAUAAAUUCAUAUUAUACUAAAUAGUAAAUAAGAAUAUUUAACUAAGAAUGUUAUACCAAUUGUUAUCAAAAUUUAUUUAAUUAUUAGAGUUUAAAAUUUUUUUUAUAUUACUCAUGCAUUUUAAUAGAUUACUCAAACAAAAUAUAUCAAUAAAUAUGUAUUAUAAUAUAUAACA